AUGAAUGACCAGCAGAAUAUUCCAAUACAGCUCUUCGGCCCAGUCCUCAUCACAAUGGAUCCAUUCGCUCCGCCACAUCCUCUCCUUGUCGCAGGAGUGUGGGAGUUCACUGAUCUUGAGAUCAGCACCGACAUGCUCCUGGCUCUAAGCUCUCUUCCUGCCAUUCAGAACAAACGAGGGCUUAGCUUCUGCCUCUCCUGGACGGGCCGUGGGUUUCUCGAGGACGCUGUUACCUCCGGCCUCAUGGUUGCCGUUGAACAUCUCGGUGCCAAAGUGCCCUUUGUCUUUGAGCAUCAUCCGGACCUCUUUAAUGCGACUGAGCUACCACGAUUGCAUUUAAGUCUGGCAGAUCAUCUAAUUCGGAUACUACUCAGUCUACUGCGUGUCUACGUCCUUGUCAUUGAGGUUUCACUCAUCCUACUGGUUGCAUUGCGACGCUCACUGAAGAAAUUUUACCUCCCGAAAAAGUGA